AUGUCGUGGGGAAGCUUAGACAGACACCAGGACGCUGCCUGCUCCCUUCCCCUGUGCUUCGACCCCUUGACCAAGGGAUGUGUGAGGUGCACAGACCUGCCUGGACACUCCGAGGAGGACACAACAUGCCACACCAACGUAGCCCCCACUUCAACCCAAGCACCAGCGCCUGGCCCAGGUUUGAUCUUUGGGAUCCCUGCUUUAGUGGGGCUAGUUCUGGUCCUGGCUGCACUCUGUGGAUUGCUGACCUGUAAAGUGAGGAGGAGGCGGCGGAGGAAGAGAAGGAGCCCUGAUGAAAAGCCCAAGGAAAACCUGGACUGUGUCAUUUCCUGUGAAAGCCAAGCCUGUAAGGGACCGAAACUGCCAGAAGAAGAUGAUCUUGUACUGGCCACAUGCCCACACGUGAAUGGCGCCCUGAAGCAUGCUGGGCCAGCAGGAAAAGGAGAUUUCUCAAAGAGGAAGCCAGUCUUCCAAGGUGGGGCAGGAAGUGAUGUCAUAAAUGAUCUGGAGAAACGGCUCUCUGUUCUCUCAGCCGGCAACGAAGAACGUGACCAUGGCUUUCCACUACCAGCAACAGAGCUGGGGGCCACUGUCCUGGUGACCACAAAGACCACUCAGAAUAACUGCACCACUGAGGAGAGACCAUGA